ACAUCCACUGCCAAAAAGCUAUGGGAGAAAUCCGAUGGCAAAGGUACCACUUCAGGUGGCGUUACUGGUGGUCCAUUAAAUCCACUACACAUCCCCGGCGUUGGCGAUCAUCCAGUUUGGAAAGAUUCCACAUGGUCUACACAAGGCGAAAAUAUUUUGGCACCACCACGGCCACGCACCUUCCCACAAGCACCGGAAACGAAUGCGAGCACCAAUGCCGGUAUUCUAAGCCCACGUGACGCCACAAGUGGUUUGGGUGUUAAAAUGGUUGAAUAUGUGUUGGGCGGUUCACCGACUAAUAAGGAGAGUCCACUAUCCAGCCUUGAGCCCCGUUUGCGUAGUCUGAAAUUCGAUGAUAAUGAUAAGCCUCACGAUGACAAAGAGAAGGCCAAUUCUCCGUUUGACACAAACGGCCUAAAGAAAGACGACCAAGUAACAAAUACUAAUGGCGUAGCCAAUGGCAUCGAUGAUGACAAAGGAUUUAAUCGCACGCCUGGCUCCCGUCAGCCCUCGCCAGCUGAAGAAUCGCUGCCACGCCCACCGGCACUACUCGAUCCCACACAACAUGGUGGCUUCCCAACACAUCCCUUUAAUCACAUGCUCAAUUCCAUGGAUCAUCAAGGUGGACCGGGUACACAAAUGAACUCAUAUCCGCCACAUCAAAUGCAAAUGGGUCAACUGCAACCGCCCGUAAUGAACGGCGUUGGCGGCAUGCAAAUGGCACAGAGCCCCAUGAUGAAUCAUCAGGCACAAGGACCAAAUCAAAUUGAAUCUCCUGGAAAUUUAUUGCAGCAACAACCACCAAAUUUUGAUGUACAGCAACUUUUCCGCUCACAGAAUCCUGGACUCGCUGCCACAAAUGCCGCGGCCGCCGCUGCUGCUGCGGCAGCUGCCACAUCGGCUGCGCCACCUGGUGCACCGAACGGCACAAUGCAGCCGCAGCAGAUGGCGCAAAUGGCCGCAUCACAGCAGUUUCUGGCCGCACAACAGAAUGCCGCCUAUGCCGCGCAACAAGCAGCUCCCUACGUCAUCAAUCCAGGGCAAGAUGCCGCACCCUAUAUGGGCCUGAUAACUGCACAAAUGCCACAGUAUUACGGUGUACAAUGGGGCAUGUACCCCAGCAAUCUCAUACCACAACAGGGCACACAGCCGCGACGGCCGUUGACGCCAUCGCAACAGGGCGCUGAGAAUCAGUCCUAUCAGGUCAUACCGGCAUUUUUCGAUCAGAGUGGUUCGCUGGUGAUGGGACCACGUACAGGCACACCGAUGCGCCUCGUUAGCCCUGCACCGGUGCUGGUGCCACCAGGAGCGACACGCGCCGGCCCACCGCCACCGCAGGGCCCACCACAACUAUAUCCGCCUCAACCGCAGACGGCACAACAGAACUUGUACUCACAACAGAAUGGUUCGAGUGUUGGAGGACUCGCCUUGAACACCAACUCGCUGACCGGUCGCCGCGAUUCGUUUGAUCGCAAUACAUCCGCCUUCAGCCCAUCGGCAGUUGAUUACAAUAACAGCAGCACCAGCACACUACAAGCCGCUGCUGCUGCAGCCGCCGCUGCCGCCGCCGCACGCGGCAAAUGGCCCGCCGCUGUGACCAACAGUUAUGGUACAUUGGGCGCCACCGCCUCGGCUAGUCCGAUCGGCACGGCCAUUACACCACCACCGCCGCAAUCAUGCCUUGUUACAAAUCGUGCACCUGGCGCCGAAACCAAAUAUCGCCAGCAAAUGGCAGUUGGUGCUGUUGGCCUGCCACCAUCCGCCGUUGCACAACAAGUCGCCGCUGCGGCUAGUAGUAUGUUCAGUUCAAGUAGUUCACUCUUCUCAAAACUGGCUAUGCCGGGUGGUCCUGCUGCUGCCGCAGCUGCAGCCGCCGCCGCUGCUUCCUCACGUCAUGCAGCUGCUACUGCCGCUGGCCUCAGUGCAUCUGCAGCUGUUGCUGCUGCAGCCGCCGCCGCUGCCGCUGCAGUAGCUGGCCCACUGCAACCGGGACGUUCACGUCUACUCGAAGACUUCCGUAAUCAACGCUAUCCAAAUUUGCAGUUACGCGAUUUGGCUAAUCACAUUGUCGAGUUCUCACAGGAUCAGCAUGGUUCACGCUUUAUACAACAGAAAUUGGAACGCGCCACAGCUGCAGAGAAACAAUUGGUGUUCAGCGAGAUAUUAGGUUCAGCUUUUAGCUUGAUGACCGACGUUUUUGGUAACUAUGUCAUACAGAAGUUCUUCGAGUUCGGCACACCAGAACAGAAGAAUACAUUGGGUAUGCAAGUGAAGGGGCAUGUUUUGCAACUAGCUUUGCAAAUGUAUGGUUGUCGUGUCAUACAAAAGGCGCUGGAGAGCAUCUCCGCCGAGCAGCAGCAAGAGAUUGUGCGCGAAUUGGAUGGCAAUGUUUUGAAAUGUGUCAAGGACCAAAAUGGUAAUCAUGUGGUACAAAAAUGUAUCGAAUGCGUUGAUCCAUCGGCGCUGCAGUUCGUCAUAAAUGCAUUCAAGGGACAAAUAUACACACUAAGCACACAUCCAUAUGGCUGUCGUGUCAUACAACGCAUAUUGGAGCAUUGUACUGCCGAGCAGACGCAGCCAAUACUCGAUGAAUUGCAUGAGCACACCGAGCAGCUGAUACAGGAUCAAUAUGGCAACUAUGUUAUACAACAUGUGUUGGAACACGGCAAACCCGAGGACAAGUCAAUACUGAUCGCCAGCGUGCGUGGAAAGGUUUUGGUAUUGUCGCAGCAUAAAUUCGCCUCGAAUGUUGUGGAGAAGUGUGUUACACAUGCCACACGCGGUGAGCGCACCGGACUUAUCGAUGAAGUGUGCACAUUCAAUGACAAUGCUUUGCACGUCAUGAUGAAGGAUCAGUAUGCCAACUAUGUGGUACAGAAAAUGAUCGAUGUCUCGGAGCCGACACAACUUAAGAAACUCAUGAAUAAGAUACGCCCACAUAUGGCCGCAUUACGCAAGUACACCUAUGGCAAGCACAUCAAUGCCAAGCUGGAAAAGUAUUUCAUGAAGACAGCCAAUCCGAUAACAACAACAGCCGCAAGCUCGUCAAUCGUCGCUACCAGCAUCGCACCCUUAACAACAUCGGCUUGCAGCACAGCGUCUGGCCUAACCAUUACCACGCCCACAAGCAGCGUGACUACCGGCCUCACAGUCGGCACACCCAUAAUGAUACAAGAGAAUGGCAUUAAUGUCACACCGGUGGGUCAGACAUCGCCAGCAGCAUCAUCAUGCACCGUCUCGACUAACAGCAGCAGCGCUACCUCUGUGGUGACUGCCGUCAAUAGCGGCCUGGGACCCAUUGGUCCACCCACCGCUAACGGUGUAGCGUUGUAAAGCGCGCUUUGUAUGUUAAAUAAAGCAAUGUACUGAAUGCUUGCUGUACAAGUGUAGCGGAAUUUCGAAAGAAAUAUGUUGGAGCGUCAUGCUGAAGGCACACAGUUUUAUUAGUUUAUAGCAAUAAGUAGCAGCAUUAUAGAGCAUAAAGCAGAAAUUUAUUAUAAUUUGAAUGUGUAACUUAGUUUUAAGAUAUGCUGUGUUUUUCGCGAUUUUAUUUAGAUUUUAAAUUUUUCAAAAACCACACACACACACGCUCUUUAGAGUGCAACAAAGCAGAAGCGAAAUGAAAAAGUAUUUCGUAUUGAAAAAUAACAGUUUAAACGGUCGGUAAUUGCAAAAAAACCAGUAAGAUUAAACACAAGAAUCUCGUUGAGUAAAAAAAGAGUAAAAAAGAGCAUUGCGUUAGCUAUGCAGCUCGUAUUUUUAUAAUAUAUUGAAAGCUUAAAACGUUUCGUAAGUGUGAAAAGCAUAACUAAGGCCAAAUAAACAUAAAGCUAUAUAUAUAUAGCGCUCGAUUUAAGAGGCGUACAUAAACGCUAUCAAAAGGCAACAAAAUCGUUAAGCUAAAUGCUAAAUAAAACUUGAUUUGUAAACAUUUAAACACGCGCGAAAAAAUAAAA